AUGAGACUCAUAUACUGGGCAGCUCCAGUUUUGGCAGUCUUUCUGCUUGACUUCGAUAUCAGAAGGGGAACUAAAAAUACCCUCUCCAAGCGAGACAAUUACACUACGGACUUCGAUCUUGAUGAUGGGAAUGUCUACUACGUCACCAAAUUGCAAGUUGGGUCGAACAAGGAGGAAGUGGAGGUGAUCAUCAGCACGCUUAGAGCAGACACUUGGGUCCACUCGAGCGACUGCUCGGUGAUUACUGAUGAUUACUAUGAUAUCGAAUACAAGCUCACUUUGGGACCCAAAAGCACGGGGGCCAUUCCAGAUUAUCCUAAGGACUUGACUCGGUUGGUGAAUUACUACAGCACAAAAACAAGAGUUGCUGGCACUGAAACACGCACUAUCAUUUACCGCUCUUACGACGAUGUGUCUGCUUGUACAAGACACGGCACUUUUAAUACAGCCUCACUGGACUCAUUCACCAGGCUACUGUUCGUAGGUUUCUAUAGCAGUUUUGCUUAUCAGGACCUGGGCUAUGGGGUCUGGGUGAGCGACGAUGUCAGCGUUGGAGGACACUCGAUGAAAAACCUAACCUUCGGUGUCACUACGAACUCUUCUCUUCCUUACGGCGCUUUGGGACUUGGCCUCAUGAAUGCACUGUCUUUUUCAAGAGAUGUGUAUGUUGAAAACUACAUGCCUUUUCCCAUGCGACUCAAACACGAUGGUGUCAUCAAGAAAACAGCAUAUUCUCUUUCAGUAGGAGGAAGCACCUCUCUGAAGGGGUCUGUUCUCUUUGGAGCCGUCGACCACUCCAAGUACGAGGGUCAGCUUCAGAAGGUGAAAAUGGUAGCAAGGGAGCACCCUUAUGGAGUUGACCCUAACUACGAUAAAGGGCUAAGGCAACCCAACAUUGUCUUAAGUUCCAUUGAAGGCGAUGGUCUAAUGAUCAAGGAAAGAAUAGGAGUUAGCAUUGCGAGCGACGUCACGGCGAACUAUUUGCCUACAGCUCAUGUUGCAAGGAUCGGUAAGUUUUUGGAUGGAGAAGAGACCUUCGAUGGUCUCUGGAAAGUUUCUUGCGACCACCUCGAGCUGCGUGAAAAUCUAACCUUUGGCUUCAGUGGGAUUAAGAUCAACGUUCCAGUUAAGGAUCUUAUCAUACCAUCAACAUCUCAAAAAAACUGUUUCUUGCACAUGUACCCCCAAGAAGGUCAAGUUUAUUUAGGAGACAGCUUUCUUCGCAAUGCCUAUGCUGUUUUUGAUCUCGAGAAUGAGGAAAUUGCACUUGCACAAGCAGCUCAUGGUGUGAGGGAGCCCGAUAUAGAAGAGAUCGUCGAGGAUAUACCCAGGGCAAUUAAUGCUGAUGAGUUUAACGAAACUGAGAUUGUCAAUUCCAUGGUGUGGAUCUCGGAUCGUCCAGGGUACACCGUACAAGGUGGACUUGGUUCCUCGACCACCAGUGUUUCUACACUGUCUGGAGAGGAUACUCCUGAGUCGACAAUAACUAGCGCAACAGAAAGUGUCUCUAGUCUCUCGUCGCUGUCCAAUGUGGCACCUGUUGGUACUCUUGGGUCGGUAGUUACCCUCCUCAGCAUUCUCUGUGCCAUCAUGCUACAUUGA